GAAACUGGCCGCAGUUUUAUCAACAAAGCCAAAAUAGCCAGUAAGCUAGUGUAGCUAGCUCAGCUUCUCGGCGAACUAUGGCCAACCUUCCACAGAAUAAUUUAAAAGAACAACUGGCGAGACACAACAAUGCUGCUCAGAGCAAAUUAUCCCUGGCUAAACCCAAAACGGGAGCCUUUUCGUUCAAAAAGAAAUCGACAUCGGGUACAACAAAAGUGGAAUAUCCUGCCAAGGUAAUCAGCUCGAGUGUUUUGGCAAACAGGAACGUCAAUAUUGCUGAGAACAGUUUGGUGACUAAACCUUCUUUGGCAUUUUCAAACAAGCUUGAAAGACCUCAAAAGUCCAAAAUCAACAACUUCUUUCCUGUAAGUUCAAAAUGCAAGUCAGAGUCCUUCAGCCCAGCAGGUAAACUCUCUUCAUCAUGUCAAACUCCAUCAGAAAAGUCUGACAGUAGGGUGGGUCCAGCUCCAAAUAAACCUGACAGCCAGGGUUGUAAUGGUGGUUGGAUUGGUUCUUCAAGUCUGGAUGCAUCUGAAUUCCCAAUGGAUGACUGGGAUGAUUUUGAUGACUUUGAAACACCUGUCAGAUCAAAAAAUGACUCAUUCGGCUCAGACAAAUCAGGGAAGACCACCAAAACGUCGUCAUCCACUGAUGAAGAAUUCCCAGAAUUUAUAGGGAAACAAAGCUCUGAUGAGAAGUCAGAGCUGGGUAAGCUGAAUGAUGCCCAGACUUGUAUGAAGAUGGAUGACUUGGAAGAAAGGGUUGACGAAACGGUUUUACCAAAACCUGAUGUGUUUCAAGAACCGGCAGAGGACGAAGUUCAAGAUUCUCCUGUUAAAAGGUCCCGAAGGCGAUGUCCUCCUCCACUUGUGACAUCUGUCUUAAGUGACAGCGAUGAGGAUAUUAUUGCCAUGUCUGAACCUUUGAAGGAUAACACAAAUGAAAAGAAAAAAUGGAUCGACCCAAAUGUGAUAGAGCUUAAAGACAACUCAGAGCCUGAGGAUGACCUCGAUUAUAUUCCUCCUUCACCUAUUUCUGAGAAGACACCUUACAUAAUCUCAGACGUGGACAUAAGAAACGAUUCUGAGGAUUCGCACAGUAAAGACAUUCCUGUCCCAUCAUACAGUCCUGCUAUAACUCCUCCUGAACCUUCUGAUCACCAAGCAAAAGACAAAACAAAGGAACAACUCUUCAGUAUAAUGGAGUCGAUUUGUGCUCUGGUUGAUUCCAUCCCUGAACAUGAACUGAUUUCUUUGUCCUGUGGGGAUGAACUUUUGCUCAAAAGAGCUCAAAGAAAGAGGAUUCUUGCUACAGGUUGUGACUUUUUGUUUCGGAUGCAGCAGCCAGACAGCACAGGGAUUUCUGAGCCCAGCUUUAAAGAAACCUCUUCAAGCUGUUGUGCAUCUGGUUUAGUGUCUUCCAACAACUCUUUGCCUGCAGACUACAAGAAGCCUCUGCAGCCCAGAAGUUCCUCAGUCGUCUCUGUGGACUAUGACCGUGAUUCUUCUUAUAGUACUCGUUUAAAGACUUUGCCCAAUAAGGACAGCAGGACAGUGUGUGUGGCAAAUAAGAGUAAUUGUGACUCUCCAUCAGCCCACAGCUUCACAAAUCCUUUCAGUCCCUCUGAAGAAACUAGUUUCUAUAUUAAUGAUGCAGAUCUCACAUUUUCACCCAAAACGUCUGACACUGUUUUGAUAAACAAAUCUGAAAACCAAGCGACUACAGGUGCACAGGGCGCUGAAGAAGAUGACUUUUACAUUGAUGAUUUUGACAUAGAUGACAUUAAUGAUUCUGAUAUCCCGGAUUACUUUGAUGAGCCCUCAACUUCAUCGGUUUCAAGCCAAAAUGUCAGUGCUGUGUCUGCUACAGUAAAAGAAGGGGGACCAAACAAGUCGUCAUGGGAGAAGAAACCAACGACGCCUGUUUCUGCCCCGAAACCCCCAAAGAUUUAUUCACCAGAGCCCAACUUCAAAAACCCAGCUCACGACCGUUUCAGAGGUUUUAACUUCCCCCAUUCACAGGAGAUGAUGAAGAUUUUUCAUAAACGUUUUGGGCUUCAUCAAUUUAGAUUCAAUCAACUAGAAGCAAUCAAUGCCACUCUUCUGGGAGAAGAUGCAUUUGUGUUGAUGCCCACAGGUGGAGGUAAAAGUUUGUGCUACCAGCUGCCGGCUUGCCUCUCACCUGGAGUCACUGUUGUUGUUUCGCCGCUUAAAUCCCUAAUUGUAGAUCAGAUCCAGAAACUCACCACCCUCGAUAUUCCAGCAACAAGUCUGUCGGGUGAUAAAAGUGACAGUGAAGCAGGAAGGAUUUAUAUGCAGCUUUCCAGGAAGGACCCUAUCAUUAAACUGCUGUAUGUCACUCCUGAGAAGGUGAGUGCGAGCAAUAGAAUAAUCUCGGCCAUGCAGAACCUGUAUGAGCGAGGUCUUCUGGCCCGCUUCGUCAUCGAUGAGGCACAUUGCGUCAGCCAGUGGGGCCACGACUUCCGUCCAGACUACAAGAAGUUGCAUGAACUGCGUCAGAAGUUCCCCAACGUUCCAAUGAUGGCUCUGACAGCCACUGCCACCCCCCGUGUACAAAAAGACAUCCUCAACCAGCUAAAUAUGACUCGGCCACAAGUGUUUACCAUGAGCUUCAACAGAGUGAACCUGAAGUACUUUGUGCUGCCCAAGAAACCCAAAAAGGUUGACGAGGACUGCAUGAACUGGAUCAAGAAGCACUACCCACGUGACUCUGGCAUCGUGUACUGCCUGUCUCGUAACGACUGCGACGCCAUGGCAGAGAGUCUGCAGAAAGCAGGGAUACUGGCUCUGUCAUAUCACGCUGGGCUUAGUGAUGGCCAACGAGAAUAUGUACAGAGCAAAUGGAUCAAUCAAGAUGGCUGCCAGGUGAUCUGUGCCACGAUAGCCUUUGGCAUGGGUAUUGACAAGCCUGAUGUGCGCUACGUGAUCCACGCCAGUCUACCUAAAUCCAUGGAGGGGUACUAUCAGGAGUCGGGAAGAGCUGGCAGAGAUGGAGAGAUCUCUCACUGCAUUCUGUUUUACUCCUACGCUGAUGUCCACCGCAUUAAGAGGAUCAUCAGCAUGGACAGAGAAGGUGACAAGCACACCAAGGCUACCCAUUACAACAACCUGCACAGCAUGGUGCACUUCUGUGAGAACUUGAUGGAGUGCAGAAGAAUUCAGCUGCUCGCCUACUUUGGAGAGCUAAAGUUUGACAGAAACUUCUGUAAAAAUCAUCCGGACGUCAGCUGUGACAACUGUGCCAGACCCAACCAAUUCAAGAUGAGGAACGUGACUGAAGAUGUGAAGCAGAUUGUAAGGUUCGUCCAGGAGAACUGUGAGAAAGUCGGAGCGAAGUUCGGCAGGACGGCUCAGCAGAAUCGACUGACGCUGAACAUGCUGGUGGACAUCUUUAUUGGGGCUAAAUCUGCCAAGUUACAAACAGGGAUGUUUGGGAUGGGGGCUGCGUACUCUCGCCAUAAUGCAGAUCGUCUUUUUAAAAAACUGGUCCUGGAGAACAUCCUGGUUGAGGACCUCUACAUCACUAACCACGGCCAAGCUGUGACUUACAUCUCUGCUGGACCAAAGGCCAUGAGCGUGCUGUCUGGGUACAUGCAGGUGGACUUCUAUGAGACCGAGAGUGCAUCCAGCAUCAGGAAACACAAAGCCGUUUCUAAGAACAUCUCCAAGAGGGAGGAGAUGGUUCAGGAGUGCCUGAAGGAGCUGAUUGAUCUGUGCAAGCAGCUCGGCAAAGCGUUUGGACUUCACUAUUACAACAUCUUCUCCACCGCUGCCUUGAAGAAGAUAUCUGAGAGGCUUUCUUCUGACCCUGAAGUCCUUCUGCAGAUCGAUGGUGUGACCGAGGAUAAACUGGAGAAGUAUGGAGCCGAAGUCAUUCAGGUGCUACAGAAAUACUCUGAGUGGCAACUACCCGCAGAAGAGCAGACUGAGCCUGAUGCAGAUGGGUGGAUCGACACAACACGAGGCCACACACAUGACGACGAGGAGUCAGAGUCCUCUACGUAUUUCAGCAAUCAGGCUGCUCGAGGGCAGAAGAGAAAGAAAGCUCCUUUCUUCAGUUUUUCCAAGAAGAAAAAAGCGUACAGCAAUGCAAGCUCUAAUUUUAAAGGUCGUGGCUACAGCAGCAACAAGUCAUCCAGAUCCAGAGGUGGGUGUCAGAGUGCGGGGCGAGGGUCCGGGAGCUCAGCGGGAAGUAACCCAGCAGGCAGGAGACCAGGAUUCCUUCCUGCUCCGACGCCUCAAGUCAACAAGCGGCUCUUUUUAAAACCUUCCUUUUCACACAUGAGCUGA